GCGUCUCGCAGCGCCCCGCACAACAAUAAUAUUUUUGAAGGCCGUAUCCAGAUUCUAGAGGAAGGCUCUUAACCAUCCAGUUGGGACAGAAAAGAAACUUGGAAGAGCUACCUGCAUUUUUGAAAGAUGUGUGUCAAACUUCUUUAUAUUUUGAGAUAUAAAACCACUUGUGGAUGAUCAAAGUUACCUUGCCCCAGUAUGAAGUUUGCAUUCAAAAACCUGUGCUUUGCUCUCUCGCAAUGCCCGUGUGAAUAACCAAACCCACAGAACAUGGUCCCCAAAGAUCUUCACACAUUUCUCGUGAGUGCAGACCAGGUCUGUGGAUGAAGUGCCAACAAGGAGCAGUUCCUUGUUGCAAACAAGUAGCAAACAAGCUGACAGUGUUUGGAAACUCCCUUAGAGACACGGGUCCUUUGUUUCACUUCUCACUGCACAACGUGACAAAGAGGAAUAAUUUAGGUGGAGCCGAUGUAAACUAGGGAAAACAUACCAUGAUCUUCCUUCAGUUUGCAUCCUGGGAACACAAAGGAGAGGGUAGUAAAGACAAUGAAGAGCAUUCUCCUUUUCCUCAUUUUGCUGGGAGUAGUAUCUGGAAGAAAAACUCAGUUGCUUAAGGGCUUACCUGCAACAAGCACUGUUGAAGAAAACACAGCAGCUGGUGUUUCAGUCUAUGACUUCAAUGUAACUGUUUCUCCAUCGUCUUCUGAAGGUGUUGCAAUUCUUCCUACCAUAGUAAAUUCAAAUCCACUUACAGAGGCUUUUGAUAUUGAAUCAAAAGGAGGUCUUGAAUACAGGGUUGUUACUACUGGAAACCCUGUCCUAGAUUAUGAAACAAUGCCAAAGAGCUUUGAUUUACAGAUUUUCGUUGAAGAUACAACUGGAAGAACUGACCUGAACAUAUUGACUAUUCGAGUAACAGAUAAAAAUGAACAUCCUGUAUUUAGAGGAAAUGUGGCAAUUCAAACUCUAAUGAUCUAUGUGUUGGAAGGAACACAUCCAGAACGCAUUUACCAAGUUGAUGCAGUUGAUCCUGAAAAUGAGAAACUCAAAUAUUCACUGCUCCCUACAACAGUGCCAUUCUUGAUCACGGAAAGUGGAGCCAUUUUCUCUACGAAAGAGUUUGAUUAUGAGAAAGAUCCACAUUGUUACUUUCUAAAUGUAACAGUGGCAGAUCUGGAUGGACUCAACUCAACUAAAACAGUGAAUGUAAAUAUAAUUAACAUCAAUGAUGAAAGGCCUUACUUUACCAUAAAACAAAGAAUCUAUAGAACGACUGGAGUGCUGCAGGUGACCGGGAGAAUUGAUCGCGAUGCCCUUCCACUGCGGCUCCAUCCCAGCAUCUCACUGAUAGUCCGGGUGGAGGACAGUCCCAGCAAUGGUCAUGCCAGUGAAAUGGAGAUCACAAUCAUUAUUGAUGAUAUCAAUGACAACCCACCAGAAUGCAGUCCUUCUGCCUUCAGGAAAGAAGUAAAUGAAAAUACGGCUCCUGGGACAUUUCUCAUUGAUCUUAGAAAUUACUGUAAAGAUAUUGAUGUUGAUCCAUCAAACAAUCAAUUUAAUUUCACUGGAUUAUCUGGUUUUGGAAGCAAUAACUUCACUCUGGAUUCCACUGUGUCUGGGAGACUUGUGAUGACUGGAAGUGUUGAUUUAGAGAACCCAGCUAAUCCAGGAAUUGAAGUUUAUACUUUGACUGUUAGGGUGCAAGAUAUUGCCCAUCCUAACUACUCAAAUAUCAUCUACAUUUACAUCAGGAUAAAACCAGUGAAUGAAUUUUUUCCAGUUUUCAGUACUUCAUCUUAUGUAUUUAAUGUUUCAGAAAUUACUAAAGCUGGAUCCAGCAUUGGAAGAGUGCAUGCCAUAGACAAGGACUGGCCACCCACUAUCAUCACUUAUUCCAUUGUAGCGGGAGGAGGCACCAGGGAUUACACAAAUAUCUUCUGGAUCAGCUCAACCAAAGGAGAUGUGAGGAUUUUAGCUAGAUUAGACUAUGAAACAACUCAGAAACACAUUUUUGCAGUACAGGCCUCAGACCAAGAGAAGUUUACAACAGCAUCAGUAACUGUGAAUGUUUUGGAAGUAAAUGAUGAAGAACCAGUUUGUUCACCUAAUUUCUAUUCAUUUCAAAUCCCAGUCAGCUUAGCUGUUGGGACCAAUAUUAAUGGCUUCAGGAUUGAAUGUCAAGAUCGUGAUUCUGAUCCCAGGUCUUUCCGUUACUUCAUUAAUGAAGGCAAUGAGAACAAUCAUUUCACUCUUUCACCGAGUGCUGGCUCCAAUACAUCUCGGCUGAUUCUUGCAUCACGGUUUGACUAUGAGAGUGGGUUUGACACAAGCUGGAUUUACAAUCUGCGUGUCUACGUAACAGAUGACAAUUUACUGUCUGUCAGGGACAAAACUAUACAUUUAAUUGAAACUGGAACGGUGACUUUAAGUAUCAGAGUUAUCCCAAAUCCAACUACUGCCAUUACCACCACGCCUGGCUUCACUGUCGUGACAAGAAGGGAGAACCUUUACUCUGCAUCGGCGUGGUACGUGCCAUUCGUCGUCACCCUUGGCAGUUUGCUGCUCCUCGGAAUGCUGGGGUUCUUGGGAUUCCUGCUGGUGACCUGGCUCCGCACCUGCUGCCCUCCAGCAGGGAGAGCACACCGCACACCUCUGAUAAAUGCUCCAGAAAAGAAGAAACAUAAGAAAGACGUGGUUGUGACUAUGACAAAGCUAAACACUAUUUUUGAUGGAGAAGCCAGAGACCCAGUUACUGGCAGAAUGUACGAAUUCAAUACACGGUCGGGGGCCCGAAGGUGGAAGAAGAGCAAUGAGCCCCUUCAGUCAAUGCUGGCUGGUCAGGUAACACCCAGUGCCACAGACAAUAGUGGCCAAGGGACAGACAGAGCAGAGGCAGCAAGCAAAAAAGAACCUUCAGAGAAGAGGAAAGAGCUGACUGCAGCAACAAAACCAGCUACCAAGCCCUCAGCAGACCAGGAUGGGCUGAGAUUACAAAAGCAGAAAGAGGAGUCUGAGGGCAGGGGGUUAUCCUCAGUGGCCCCUCAAGGCAGGAACUGACCUGCUAUCUCCAAAUGAGCCCUACAUUUCCACUAAGCCAGAGUUCAUGAAAUUCCAAGGCACUUUCUGAACAACCUCUGAUCAGAAUAACCAAAGAAUCAGGUGUGAUUUUUCUCUAUGUAUAUCUCAGCUGCACAACAUAAGGUGGGCAUUGAUGUGUAUACUGGACCCAAAGACAGGAUGAAGCUGGAGGUACCUCGGACAGGUGUGUGUUAAGAGUGGGAGAGAAGGGGAGGACGUGAGAGGGGGAGAAGAGGAAACAAAAGCAGAGCCACAGACAAGCAUUCACUUUCCACUGCGCCCUACAGACAAAGGCAGUGUUCUCCUGGAAGAGCUCUGCAACCCCAACCAGCAUGGCCACAUCCUCUGACUGCCUUUGGGAAUGGCAGCAUACACAGGGAUGUGCUUUCUCACAGCGAAUGGGGUCUCCUGUUCCUGCUGAGCAGCAGAAUGGGUGAAAAGCACAUCAGGGUAAAAAUGUGUGUUCAUAAAAGCUAAAAAUACUUGCUUUUUAUUCGGUAUUUUAUUUCAGCCCUUCCUGGCCCUCCCAUCUUGCUGUAGAAAAGACUGUGGCUUGAAAGCAAUUAUGGAGUGGAGAAAACCCACAGCUUGUUAUGGUAUCUGAGGCUGUCAUGUCAACGCUUUCAGCUUAUUUAUCUUUCGUAACACUAGCAAUGCUAGCAGCAUUGAAUAUCUUCACCUUUGGUAUUUCCUCUGGCAUAUUUAAUGCUUUACAGAAUCAAGUGGAACACACUCAAAAGAAUAAUGACAGUAAACACAUGGGGUGAAAUCAUCUUUUCCGGGUGUGGGCAUGUAUAAUAUAAUAUAAGUGCUGUCGAAGAACUUGUUAUAAAACAAGUAAACCCUACAAGAUUUCAGAAAAUUAUUUUAAUCUGAAG